AUGGAUGCUGGAUUGGGUGGGGUGCUCAUUACUGUCUUCCUCAUCAUCAUCCUGUGGUUCCUGCUCUGGAGAAGUGACAUGAAGAGAAGCCAGCUGCCUCCUGGACCAGCCCCGUGGCCCAUUCUAGGCAACCUGUGGCAAAAGAAUGUCCUGCCACUCUAUAGACACUAUGAGAAGCUCAGCAGCACGUACGGCCCCAUCUUCACUGUCUGGCUGGGGCUGAAGCCAGUGGUGGUGCUCUGUGGAUACGAGGCAGUGAAGGAUGCUCUGGUGGGCCACUCUGAGGAGUUUGGGGGCAGACCUGCAAUACCCCUCCUGAUGCAGUUAUCGAAAGACUACGGAUUUGUCUCCAAUAAUGAGAAGAAGUGGAGGGAACUGCGAAGGUUCACGCUCAGUACCCUGCGGGACUUCGGGAUGGGGAAGAGCUCCAUGUCACAGAAGGUGCAGCAGGAGGCUCAGCACCUGGUGGAACUUCUGGCAAGGCUCAAAGGAAAUGCCUUUGAGCCGAUGACGAUGUUCAGACAUGCAGUUGCCAAUGUGAUCUGUUCUGUUGUCUUCGGGAACCGUUACAGCUACAGCGAUGCAGCCUUUCUGGAGCUACUGAAUGCCAUUGGGAAUUACAUCAGCUUCUUCCUCUCCCCUAUUGCCAAGGUCUACAACACCUUUCCCAACAUCAUGCACCACCUCCCAGGGCCACACAAGAAAGCUCUGGCCGAGUGCCAGAAGCUGAAGGACCACAUCCGAGAAAAAGUGGAGUUUCACAAGCUGACGCUGGACACCACCUGCCCCCGGGACUACAUCGACUGUUUCUUGAUGAAAGCGGAGAAGGAGAAGAACAGCCCAGAGAACAUGUACACCAACGAAGACUUGAUCAUGUCAGUGUUCAAUCUCUUUGGUGCCGGAACAGUGACUACCAGCAACACUCUGGUCUUCUUCCUCUUGAUGCUGGCAAAACACCCCCAUAUUCAAGCCAAGGUCCAAGAGGAGAUUGACGCAGUGGUGGGCACUGGCCGUGCUCCCAGCAUGGAGGACAAGCUGAGAAUGCCGUACACUAACGCGGUGAUCCAUGAGCUGCAGCGCUUCCACAAGACCCGCAUCGAGAACUUCCCCCGAAUGACAACACAGGACAUUGUGUUCAGGGGUUACACCAUCCCCAAGGGCACACCUGUUAUUCCUGUAUUUUCCUCUGUGCAUUCGGAUCCGACCCAGUGGGAAAACCCCAAAAAUGUUGACCCAGCCCACUUCUUGGAUCAGAAGGGCGAGUUCAGGAAGCAUGAAGCCUUCAUGGCCUUCUCAGCAGGGAAGCGGAUGUGCCCAGGAGAGGCACUGGCCCGCAUCGAGCUCUUCCUUUUCCUUACCACACUACUGCAGAGCUUCACCUUCCACCUUGCCACCGAGCACAAAGAGAUGGAUUUAUUCUCCCUAUGGCUUGAGAUAGAGAGGAGGGCAACACCAGGCAAAUUCUUUGCUAUUCCACGCUCAGUGUCCUCUUAA